UGGGGGUUUGGUGUGCCCUGACUCCCGGCAUGCCCGGUGGCGGGGCGGUUUGCUGUGCCCUCACUCCCGGCAUGCCCGGUGGCGCGCGCUGUGGCGGUUGGGCAGUUGGAAUGGCGGGAGCGGGAGACGAAGCGGCUGUGCUGCCGGAUUUGCUGCCCGUGUAUUACCGGCGGCUUUUCCCGUACCCGCAAUACUUCCGGUGGCUCAACUACGGUGGAGUGAGGAAGGCUUAUUUCCAGAACCGAGAGUUCUCCUUCACGCUGCGGGAUGACAUCUACCUGCGAUACCAGUCCUUCACCAACCAGCAGGAGCUGGAAAAGGAGAUGCAGAAGCUGGUGCCCUAUAAAAUCGACAUCGGAGCUGUCUAUUCACACAAGCCGAACCAGCAUAAUUCGGUGAAGGCAGGAAACUUCCAGGCCUUGGAGAAGGAGCUAGUGUUUGACAUCGAUAUGACCGACUAUGACGACGUUCGAAAUUGCUGCAGGGCUGCAGACAUUUGUCACAAGUGCUGGACACUGAUGACCAUUGCUAUCAGGGUGUUGGACAGAGCUCUUGAGGAGGACUUUGGCUUUGAGCACCGCCUAUGGGUGUAUUCUGGGAGAAGAGGUGUCCAUUGUUGGGUCUGUGAUGACAUUGCACGCAAGCUUUCGCAGACAGCACGGUCUGCUGUCGCCGAGUAUUUGAGUGUGGUGAAGGGUGGAGAAGACACAAUCAAGAAAGUGCACUUGACGCACCCCAUUCAUCCCUCAAUUGAAAAAGCCAUCGUUCUGGUAAAGCGUUACUUUCGAGAAUACGCUCUGGAAAAUCAAGACAUCCUUGGCAGUAAAGAAGCCUGGGAGAAAGUCCUGGCAAUGGUCCCUGAAGAGAUUCGAGAGAAUCUGCAAACAGAAUUCAUCAAUGCACGGAAUUCAGACAAACGCUGGGACAUGCUGAAGCAGAGCGUUAAAACCACCAAAGCCAUCUUCACAGCAGAAGAGAUUAUGCUCCAAUACUGCUACCCUCGGCUGGAUGUGAACGUCAGUAAAGGUCUAAACCACUUGCUGAAGAGCCCCUUCUGUGUGCAUCCCAAGACAGGACGCAUCUCUGUACCGAUAGAUCUGAAAACGCUGGAUUCAUUUGAUCCUUUCAGUGUGCCUACGUUAAGCCUCAGAAUUUCACAUCAAAGUUCUCAAGUGUUGGCAACCCGGGGGCAAAAUUCUCUGCCGCAAGCCUAUGUGAAGCAGAGGCCAUCAUUUCUCUUAAAAGAUUAUAAGAAAACCAGCCUGGCAGAGCCAGUGAGGAUCUUUGAUGAGUUCUUGAAGAAGAUGGAACAUUCGCGAAAAGGUGUUCUCCUGGAGCAGAGCGAUUCCCAUAGAGAUUUUUAAUGGUUGGUGGUGACCGUACUCUGUGCCGGGGACAUGGUUUAGCCAGUGGACAGGGAUCAACGCUGGAUACCCAGAGCCUUGGCUGCUCUCAGCCGUGCACUUUGCUUGUGUCCUCGUGAAAACACUGGCUCACACUGACACACGUCAGUUCAGAGGUGAAAUACUCAAUGGGACACAGUGACCGAGUGUAGGUUAUUGUGCAAAAGUCUCUACAGUAUUUUUUAACAGUUUAUACAAUAAAGUGUCUUGUUAUUUCUA